UAGCAGAUUUUGGCAUAAGUAGACGGUUACGCAAAGGCCAAACAACUUAUCGCACAGCCAGUGCAGGAACUAAAUGCUGGAUGGCCAGGGAGACUUUAGCCCACGAAGGUGACACUGACAUACCAUACAAGGCGAACACUGAUGUACAGGUGGCAGGUAUGCUCAGUUAUUAUAUCCUUUCUGGGGGACACCAUCCUUUCGGCGACAAAUCCUAUAAAUGUGAGGGCAACAUUUAUGAAGGAAAGUACACUUUGGACCAUGUUGAAGAUGUGGUGGCAAAGGAUCUCAUUGAGUGGAUGAUCAAUAAAGAACCAAUGAACAGACCUAAAGUGGAAGAAUGCUUGAGGCAUCCCUUCUUCUGGACACCUGAAAGGAAAGUUGAAUACUUGAGAAGGACUGGCAACAGGGAUGAGGUGGCAAACUGUAGAAAGGCUGACAAGGAACUGGUUUGUUCAUUGGAAAAAUGUGCUGGAGAUGUAUCCUUCAAACAGUGGAAAAAUAAGUGUCCACCAGAGUUGGUCCAGAAGAUGGAUGCCAAGAACAAAGCCUACCCUGACAACACACUGGGAUUACUGCGCUUCAUACGAAACCUCCACGAGCACUAGUGAGUGAAAGUGAUACAUGGCCUUGAGAUGUCACUAAAAAUCCACGAGUUUGCUAGCCAAUUGUGGAUAUUGAUCAUUGUAGCUGCUAGCUCUUCUGCGGCUUGCUUCUUGUUUGUAGCAUGUAGAUACUGUAUAUGAUCAGCAUACAUCUGGCAGGUGACAGUAGGUUGACAGACCUCAGGUAGAUCAUUGAUAUAUAAACUGAAUAACGGGGGACCCAAAAUGGAACCUUGGGGAACACCCAAAUGAAUGUCAGUUA